GAGCAGUGUUGGUGACACGGGUGUGUGAGGUUGUGUGGAUGGCAAGAAGCAGUGUUGGUGACACAGGUGUGUGAGGUUGACUGUUGGUGUCGGCUCUCUAUUUGACCCAAUGGACGAGGUCAAAAAAAAUCGAAAACUGAAUGGAUUAUGACCCGGGUAACCGUCUUGAGAGGGAGUGUCGACUCUCUCAAGGAAUUGGGAAGUCGGCCGAGUCUUCCAGUGAAGUCAACUAAGGUGUCAUAAAAGCAGUAUUUUCAGAAAUUGACGCUUGCAUCACACGUUAUGAUGGCACGGGCGGCGUGGCUGCUGGUCGUGGCGGUGGUGGGCGUGUUGGCUGCCGUGUCGACAGCUACUCUAGCGGACCGUAAAGCUCGUAUCGUCUGCUACUUCUCUAACUGGGCAAUCCACCGGCCGGGGAAAGGCAGCUACACUAUAAAGGAUAUCCCCGUUAAUAAGUGCACCCACAUCGUCUACUCCUUCGUCGGUGUCUCCAAUGUUACGUGGGAGAUCCUGGUGCUGGAUCCAGAGAUUGAUGUGGACAAGAAUGGGUACAAGAAUUUCACAGACUUGGCCAAAGCUACACCCGGCCUGAAGUCAAUGUUGGCGAUUGGUGGCUGGGGUGAGGGAGGCAAGAAGUAUUCUCAGAUGGCUAACGUUCCUGAGAGAAGAGCCUCUCUCAUCCGCAGUACCGUAGAGUACAUGAACCGAUAUGGCUUUGAUGGGUUUGACCUGGACUGGGAGUACCCUGGAGCGGCCGACCGUGGAGGCACCUUCAAGGACAAGGACUCCUUCAGAGACUUCGUGAAGGAAUUACGAGAAGCCUUCGACAAGGAGGGCAAAGGCUGGGAGAUCUCUAUGGCAGUUCCUGUAGCCAAGUUCAGACUACAGGAAGGCUACCACGUCCAGGAACUCUGCUAUUACGUGGACGCAGUGCACGCCAUGACGUACGACCUGCGAGGUAACUGGGCCGGCUUUGCUGACGUUCACUCUCCUCUUUACAAACGACCCUUCGAUCAGUGGGCCUAUGAGACCCUCAAUGUGGCUGAUGGAAUGAAGUUAUGGGAGUCACUGGGAUGCCCCAAGGAUAAGCUCAUCGUUGGCGUGCCCUUCUAUGGCAGAACUUACACGCUGGGCAGCAAGGACAACCACGAACUGAGGGCACCCGUCAAGAAGUGGGAGGGAGGCGGCGCCCCUGGACCUUUCACUGGCGCCAAGGGAUUCCUGUCUUACUACGAGAUCUGUCCGUUGGUCGAUGCUUCAGCCACCUCAGGCUGGACCAAGGAUUAUGACAACGUUGGAUAUUGUCCCUUCGCAUAUAAAGAUGACCAGUGGGUGGGCUACGAGGAUGAAGACAGCCUCAGGAUCAAAAUGGAGUUUAUCAUCUCUAACGGCUACGGAGGCGCCAUGACCUGGGCUAUCGACAUGGACGAUUUUCAUGGCAUAUGUGGCUCUGUGAACCCACUCAUCACUGUGCUCCACCAACACAUGAAGGACUACGUAGUGCCCACACCCGACCCGACCACCACCACACCCAAGGUCACCUGGUGGGCACCCUGGGAUCCUUCAUCCACCACACCGACCACAACGACGACGACCACAACGACGACGACCACAACGACAACUGCGCCGUCGUGGACACCUCCCCAGCCCAUCGAGAUCGCUCCACCACAACCUCCAACAGACCCUCCAGUGCCCCAGCCUCCUGCAGAUGUACCACUGGAUGCCCAGCCUCCGGGUACCUCUCCGCUCCGCAACUGUGCACUGCAAGAGUACCUCCCUCACAAAUAUUGUAAUAAGUACUACUGGUGUGUACGUGGAGAGCCUAUAGAGUUAUCGUGCAAUCCUGGUACUGUGUGGGACAUGGCCAAAAAGAUCUGCAACUGGCCCAGAGCUGUCCCCAGGAGCGGCUGUAUAUAGACCACAACAUGGAUGUGUCCAUCACUGAAGCUCACUUA